AUGCAGCUCCUCAACGUACUUCUCCUCUUCUACGCUGCCCUGGUGGCGUCCAUCCCAACCACCAAUAGUAACGCCGAACUCAUCUCGAACGAAUCCGCGGACACUCUAGCCGUCGUCUGCAAGUGGGACUGGGAUUGCCCCAAGCAGCAGCUCUGUUGCAAGGGUCGCUGUCACAGAACUGGAGAUUGCAAGCAUGUUCCGCCCAAACCCGAUGUCGCCCGCAAUGCUCAGACUUGCACUUGGGCUACGGACUGUCGUCCUGGAAACCUCUGCUGCAACGGCUACUGUCAAAGUGUUUAUGACUGCAGACGGGUUCCCCCGAAGCCCCCAGUUCAAGAUUCCGAAGCCACCACGGACGACAAGGAAACCCCAGAAACCCCGGGUGAGACUGAACCCGCCGUCGACGACCGCAGCGAGACGCAGCUUCAGAAGAGACGCUAUCGCUCGCCGGAAGAUCAGCCUGAUGACAAGGCUAGCGAUGAGUCCGGUCCCCAGGGUGAACAGACAGAGACGGCCUGCAAACAGUGGUGGGAUUGCGGAGUUAGUGGAGAACAUCAAUGGAUGUGUUGCAAUGGAAAGUGCCUCAAGUGGUACCCUGGAUCAACACCUUGGGUCCGUCCAAAGUGCCUGAAGUAG